UAGUUACUUGUUUCUUUGCCUGGGUAUGCGUCUCAAUACGAUAUCUACGAACUCUUGCUCUCGGAGAAUCACCUACUUAUAGGCGACGUAGUUAGGAUUAAUAGUCUAUGCUGUGAUGACUUUUGAGACAGGCAAGCAUGGCAGUGGCCUCCACCGGUGGGACGUAUCUCCAUCAGAUCUCCGUGAGUUCUUGAAGCUAGCAAAUACAUGCCAAAUCAUAUAUGGGCCGAUCAUAUUCAUCACCAAAUUAUCCAUACUCCUUCUAUUUCUCCGGGUAUUCGCACCAUCUUUCAAAGGUAUCACCUACUUAUUGAUUCAGCUACUCAUUUGGCUCAACUUCCUGUUCUACUUUGCCGACACAAUUCUCAAGAUCUUCGAAUGCACACCGCGAUCCAAGAUCUGGGAUGAGCAUGUGCCAGGGCACUGCAUCAAUAUCAACAGUCCCAUCCUAGCUGCUUCGAUCUUCAACGUAGUGUCCGAUUGUCUGAUUCUCUUGCUGCCAAUUGUCUGUGUAUGGCGCCUGCAAAUGACCUUCAAGAAGAAGAUAUGUACAUCUGUCGUCUUCGUUGCGGGUAUUUUGUAAGACCCUCUUCCCAUCAUUGAACUCACUUCAAAUGACUGACAGGGCGAGUGCUUAUGAGCAAACAGCGGCUGCAUAUC